AUGCGACACUACUCGUUCCUCCGAGUCUUAUUCCUCGCCAGCAUCGCCGCUGCUGGCGCACUCGCAGUCGCCGCGCAAACCGCAGAGCCCUCGCCCGAGUUUCAAUCUAUUUUCGUAGGGCAGCUGGUAAACGAGCCCUACACGAACACUACGGGCCCGUUCGGCUUCCGCGUGCACGCACCCGUCAGCGGAGGGAACCUCACGGACGCAACGACAAACGAGGUCGUCGCGACCCUCCUCCCGACAACAGACACAGGUAUCAUCACCGAGGAAGUACUAUUGUUCCCUUUGUGGGUCCUGCCGUAUAUCUGGAAGGAGGACGGAAGGCUCGCCUCGAUGACUGUUAAGGGCGUCGGAAACACAACCACCGACACUUACUGCUACGUGCACGUUGAGACAGACUCGCCGACAUACUCGUGGAUGAACCGCAACUUCUUUAUCAUGAAGAUCGUCGCCACGGCGGAUCCAUUGCUGCACGUGUUUACUAUGUAUGGGAUAUCCAACCUGUAG